GAUGGCAACUACGAGCAGCGUUUAGCUAAGAUAAAGGAGAUUGAGUAUAUUGACGCUAAAUUUGGAUAUCGGGUUUGCAAAGAUUCUGUAGAGCGUGAUGCGUGGCUUCUUAAUGUACAAUCUGGUGAAGCCGUUGAUGAGCAAACAAAGGUGAUACAUGCCGUAUGUGACUUUUACUUUCUUCAGAACAAUGGAGAACGCUUUAAAAUAUCAUAUCCGUUCCGACCAUAUCUUUAUCUUGGGACUCUCCCCUCUUGGGAAAUUCAAGUUUCUAAUUACUUAAAGAAAAAGUAUUCUGGAAUUAUUACAACUGAAAUAAUCGAGAAAGAGGACCUUGAUCUAAGGAACCACUUAUCUGGGUUGAAGAAGGAGUAUGUUAAGAUUUCGUUUCCAAGUAUGAAUGAACUCAUGAAGUUUAAAAGGGAAGUGACACCACAGUUAAGGCGAAAUCAGGAGAGGGAAAAAGAUAGUUCAUCUUACACAUCACUUCUUGCAAAGCAUUUCGGAUCCGACGUUGGCAAAGAUGAUGAUGGGGAAGCACCUGAAAAAAUCAUUGAUAUGAGGGAGCAUGAUUUGACAUAUCAUAUGCGUGUGUGUAUAGACAAGAAAUUUUUUGUGGGAUUGUGGUAUAAAGUUAUCGGCAGGGGUCCGGAUUGUUUACCUUCUAUAAAGCGCCAUCCAACUUUAAUUGAUCCUCCUGAACCUGUGGUGUUGGCGUACGAUAUUGAAGUAACAAAACUUCCUCUGAAAUUUCCUGAUUCCACAGUUGAUGAAAUUAUGAUGAUUUCAUACAUGAUUGAUGGAGAGGGUUUUCUUAUAAUUAACCGUCAGAUCGUUUCUGAGGAUAUUGAAGAUUUUGAAUAUACGCCGAAACCUGAGUUUCCAGGAAAAUUUCAAAUAUUUAAUGAAGAAGAUGAGGCUGCAGUCAUAAAAUGCUUCUUUGAUCAUAUUCUUCGAGUUCGCCCGUCGAUUUUUGUGACGUAUAACGGCGACUCUUUCGACUGGCCUUUUGUGGAAACUCGGGCGACUUUUCAUGGCCUUGAAAUGUACAGGGAAAUUGGCUUUUCUAAGGAUGCAAACGGCGAAUACAAGAGUUCAAAUGCUGUACAUAUGGAUGCUUUCAGAUGGGUAAAGAGGGAUAGCUAUCUGCCGGUGGGAAGCCAGAAUUUAAAGGCAUGCACUAAGGCUAAGCUUCGAUAUGAUCCUAUAGAACUGGAUCCUGAGAAAAUGUGCCCUAUGGCUAAAGAACAACCUCAGGUAUUGGCUAAUUAUUCAGUCUCUGAUGCUGUAGCAACAUACUACUUGUAUAUGAAAUAUGUGCAUCCUUUUGUAUUUGCGCUAUGCACUAUUAUACCCCUCGGGCCGGAUGAUGUUUUGAGAAAAGGUUCAGGCACUUUGUGCGAGGCGCUCUUAAUGGUGGAGGCCUUUCAUAGUAACAUUAUUUUCCCAAACAAACAGAUUCAGUCCAGCGGUAAGUUUACAUUAGAUGGACAUAUGAUCGAGAGCGAGACUUAUGUUGGAGGACACGUUGAAUCACUCGAAUCGGGAGUGUUUAGGGCGGAUCUUCCAGAAAGAUUUCGCAUCGUUCCUUCCGCAAUAUUUGAGUUGCAGAAAACUGUGAAGAAAGCUUUAGGCAAUGCUUUGGCAGAGGAAAUGCAUAUAAGUUUAGAAGACGUUGUAGAAUUUGAUGCAGUUUGUGAAAAGGUGAAGGACCAGCUCAGUGACUUUGUCAGACGACCGUUUCGUUUGGAGAACCCAAAGAUUUACCACCUUGAUGUUGGCGCUAUGUAUCCUAAUAUUAUAUUGACAAACAGACUACAGGUGCCUGCUGCAGUGGUAAAAGAGGACGAUUGUGUGGCAUGCGCCUACAAUUCACCAGAUGCAAGGUGUCGACGUAUAAUGAAAUGGGAAUGGCGUGUGCCUGCUACUAAAGGCGAGUAUGAAAGAAUUCUGCAGCAGUUGGAAAAUGAAACGUUUGGUAAACCUCCAAAACCUUUCCACACGCUCUCAAGAGACCUAAGGGCUCAAACCGAGAAGAAACGUGUCCAAGAUUUCUGUAAACGUGCUUAUGGGAAAUAUCAUGUUUCUCGAACCGAGAUUCGAGAAACGGCGAUAUGUGAACGAGAACAUGGGUUUUAUGUCAACACUGUGAGAGCUUUUCGCGAUAGACGGUACGAGUACAAAGGGCUCCUCAAGAAGGCAAAGGCAGCUUUAGAAGCUGUGCCUGAAGAUGAUAUAAACGGUUUAAAAACAGCGAAGGGCCGAGUGGUUCUGUAUGACAGUCUUCAAUUAGCUCACAAAUGCAUCUUAAAUUCCUUUUAUGGUUAUGUAAUGCGAAAAGGUUCCAGAUGGUUCUCAAUGGAAAUGGCUGGUAUUGUCUGCCACACUGGUGCAAAUAUUAUUACGGAAGCUCGGAAACUUGUAGAGAAGAUCGGAAAACCUUUGGAGCUGGAUACGGAUGGAAUAUGGUGCCUUAUUCCCUCCAGUUUCCCCGAAAAUAUUGUGUUCAAAUUAAAAAGCGGUCCUAAGAAGAAGGUCGUGAUUUCUUAUCCUGGAGCAAUUCUUAAUGAACUUGUUCGUGAGAGGUUUACAAAUGACCAGUAUCAUGAGUUGCAAUCGGAUGGAAGUUACUUAGUAAGAUCUGAAAACUCCAUAUUUUUCGAGGUGGACGGCCCUUAUCUGGCUAUGAUUUUACCGGCAUCGAAAGAAGAAGGAAAGAAGCUAAAAAAACGAUAUGCUGUUUUCAAUUUUGACAAAUCGUUGGCAGAAUUGAAAGGUUUUGAGAUGAAACGACGUGGAGAACUUGCAAUAAUUAAAUAUUUUCAAAACGGAGUUUUCAAAGCAUUUUUGGACGGAAGUAAUCACAAGGAAUGCUAUGCAAGUGUCGCCAGAGAAGCUGAUCAUUGGCUGAGUGUUCUCUUCACCAAGGGAGCGGACCUCUCUGAUUCAGAGUUGUUUGAUCUUAUAUCAGAAAACCGAAACAUGUCAAAAAGGCUUGACGAUUACGAGGGGCAGAAGUCGACUUCAAUUUCCACAGCAAAGCGUCUUGCUGAGUUUCUUGGAGACGAUAUGGUGAGAGAUGCGGGACUGGCCUGUCAGUUCAUUAUUUCCCGAUUUCCUACGGGAUCACCUGUAACGGAACGUGCUAUUCCAGUUGCCAUUUUUCAGGCUUCUCCUGAAAUAACUGCCCAUUAUUUGAAGAAAUGGACAAAAGAUCCAGAUAUAAGCAAAGACAAUAUAAACAUCCGUAACAUUAUUGAUUGGGACUACUAUAUUGAGCGUGUUGGUGGUACGGUGCAAAAAAUUGUUUCGAUCCCAGCUGUUUUGCAAAAUGUGCCCAACCCUGUACCGAGAAUCCCCUUGCCAGAUUGGUUAGAAAAUAAAAGGAAGCAGAAGGCGAACGAUCAUUUGCAACCAAAAAUAACUGAUAUUUUCAAAGGUGCGGAAAAAGCGACAGAGAAUGACAUAGAAGAUUUAACAGUGAGAGUGAACAAUAGGCCGGUUGAGGAGCCAGUGACAGUUCUAAAAGAUACUUCGAAUGCUCCUGACCAGGUUGUUCUUCGAAAGCGAGUGAGAAGUGACGAUGAAAUGAGGAAGGAAGUCGAAGACUUUUCCAUCGAAAAACUUGCAAAAAGAGCGAGGCGAGAGACUCUCGAAAAGAAGACUAUUAUUAAGGAUGGAAUUAAAGCUUGGAUAUGUUACUUAAAGAAGAAGUGGAAAAUUGAAUAUGAACGAAGACAUGAGUCUAAAACUGCUCCUUAUCCAAAAAGGAUCACCACGUUAGAUAACAUGGUAGAAAUGGGAAGAAAAAAUCUUUAUGAGAAGCACUGGCAAAUACUACAGGCCGUGGAGUUGCCAGAGAAAGGAUUAUUUGCUAUCUGGACAAUCGUAAAUGGUAAAAUGUCCAAGUUAAUUGUCUGCAUUCCACGGAUCUUUUAUGUAAAUGACAGAGGCACAAGUAAGAAGGGGAUUUUAGUUAAGAAGUCAUUGCCUAGAAUGAAACAGGUUCAUAAUCUCUACAGGUAUUCAGUGGACGAAUCGCGAUUUCAACUGAGCUUGAAGUACGCUACUGAAAUUAUGCAUCAACUUGUUUGCAGCGAGUUCAACCGUGAACUAUGUGCAACACGUGUUGAAGGUAUAUAUGAAACUCAGCUUCCGUUACAUUUCCGAGUUUUGUUGGAACUUGGAUGCUGUUGUCACUUCAAAGAGGAAUCUCGAAGUGCUUUCAGAACUAGAACAAUUCCUUUAGAACAUUUACAAAUGUCCCCUGAAGCAGACUACCUGGUCGAAGGUGCCAUUCGCAACUGUUUCUUCUAUGAACAUCGGCAGGAUAAUCGCUGUGUUAUGGCCAUUUUUGACACUGUUGAAAGUGAAGCACUGCUGAUUAUAGUAAAUAAAGUUAAACUCGAGAUUCCAAAUUUAACGACGAUGUAUAAUAAUGAAAAAGAGCGGUUGGAUGAAGGUUCCAUGUCAUUGGUCACUACGCAGAGAAUACGUUUCACUGUUCAGCAGUAUACGGCAGUGAAGGAAGGUGAAAAGGCUAUCAACAAGUAUCUUUUGAAACUACGCCAAAGGGACACGCUACCAGUCUUCAUCACUGUCGUCUCUAAUGACUCAAAUAAUGCAUUGACGCAACGUUUAUCAGCUCUGGGAGAAUUUCCCUUAGUGCGAAUUCACUGCACAGAACCUUUAGGGUUAUUUAACGUUCUUGAUUGGCAUCGGAUUGUUUGCAAAAGGAUUAUUCAGCAUUACCUUAACAGCUUCAUUUACUUACGAGACUACAUUGAUGUUUGCCGAUACGUAAGGGUACCCCUGGGUAAUUUACCGGCUGAUUGGUCAGUUUUUGCUGCUGAUCUUCUUUAUGCAAGAAGCUUGUGUCGGUCUAGCUUUGUACUGUGGGCUUCACAAACAAAUCGCCCCGAUUUGGGAGGGAAAGAGUUGGAUGACUGCCGUAUUGGAGCUGACUGGCAAAAAUUACGGAUUACAGAUCGUCAAAAUGUCAUUUAUAAUCAAGAGAGUUUUGAAACAAACGUUUGCGCCGAGAUCGAGCUUGGAGCUGUCGCUGUAACAGCUAUCAUUCAGAGUGGGAGAAUAAUAGAGGAGGAGGGAGGAACUGAUACAACAGGAUUCAUAUCGUCAGCAACUUUAGCAGCAGAUUCAUUAUUUGGAAAAGUUAAAACAAUUGCUCAUUAUGAUGAAGCAGCGGCUGUAUCAAGUGCUGUAAAAGUUCUACGUUUAUUUCUUCAAGAUUGUAUUCGAGACAUCCAUUUAAAAGGAAAUAAGAUUGCUGAUCAGGUUGUUAUGAAUCUCUACAGGUGGUUAAGUACACCGCAGUCGCUUCUGUACGACCCAGCUAUUACGCGUGCAGUGGAUAUACUAAUUUCAAAACUAUGUUUACUUCUGGUUGCGGAAAUCAACAGACUUGGCGGGAAAGUACUAUACGCGUCUAGCUCCCGCCUUAUCGUUUCAACUCAGAGACGGGAAAUGGAGCAGGGUUGUGCAUUUGUUUGUGGUUUUAUACAAUCGUUACAAAAGAAUCCAUUAUUCGCAUCACUUCAUAUAGCCCCAGUGAGAUACUGGAAUAUUUUUCUCUGGUUGGAUGCUGUUAGUUCCUUCUACAUACUUUCUUCUUCUAGUUCUGUGAUUUUGUGGCUGCUGUUUUUUGUGGGAAUAUUUGUGCUGUGGGUGUUGCAGAAGAAUUACGCGGGUAUUGAGUUUGGUAAGGGGGACGAACCUGAUCGCCCUACCGUGGAUAUGUUGAGCAUUGCAGAGAUCUUCCCUGAAGAAAUGGCUUGUCGUGAAACAUUCUGUUUCGUUGUGCUCGGAUAUAUGCAGCUGAUUGCAAGGAAAAUGAAAUCAAUGGCGAGCGAUGAAGAGCUCCUUGCACAUCGUAAAGAGUUAGUCUCAACAGAAUUAAGCGAGCGACUGUUCCGGAUUUGCGCGAAACUUGUGAACGCUGGCCAGGCACUUGUUAUGCCAAAUUUAGUGUCGAGCAAAUUGGAAGUGAAUAACGUACCAUUAUGCUUUGCAAAAACACUUCUAAAGCUAAUUUCGCUUGAUACUGCCGUGUCUCUUGAAGUUGAGAAGUUACGGGGUCAGUUGUUUCGACUUGUUGGUGCUAGCGAUGAUGAGGUAGAAGCUGAAUGGCAUUCUCCCACGGCGUCUUGUACUAUAUCCCAAAUCUUCUGCGCUUCAUGUGGUCAAAGCAAUGAUUUAGAGGCUUGUCAGGAGGAUGCUUGGGUUUGUGAAAACUGCAAAAACCCAUAUCCUAGUCAAUUAGUAGAGGAGAUUCUCUUGGAAAGAGUUAAUCAGUUAUUGUUGUCCUACACUUUACAAGAUUUACGAUGUGUGGCGUGUGGAUCGACGAAACGCGACGCCCUGACUCAGUUUUGUGAAUGUAGUGGAUCGUACGAGAAUAUGAUUACGGAAAGUGAGCUCAAAUUCAACAUUGAAGUGCUGUCACGUGUGGGAGAGCGUCACAAUUUUGACCGUUUGAUGGAAGUAUGUGAGUGGGUCCUUAUAUAAUA